AUGCUGAGCGUGACUAGGGGAAUACUAAACCCACAAAGAAAGUAUUAACUAUCUCACUAAUAGCAUCGCAAUAAUUAGAUGGAUAGUGCACGCGAUUCAAGUAGAGUCUUGGAUUACAUGUAAUAAGAGGGAACUAAAAUAUAAUCCUCAGUUAUUUCAACGUUAGAGUUUAUUUUUUAACAGAAACUUAUUCAAAUUGAUAUCACUUAUACAUUCAGAUAGCAAGCACUAAUUAAUUUGUUAUGCAGGAAGUACUUAGGUUAUGGAAGUAUUGGAAACACUAUAAGAAGUGCAAGUUGGAGAUGUUAAUUCAGAAACAGAAAGCAUUAAUUUCUGAUUAGUCAUUUGGACCUUGGUUUAGAGAAGAAGGAUCAUUUCUCAUUUGAAUUGCAUCAUUUAAAAGAGGGAUUAUAACUGAAAGAACAAUGUCAUCUCUAACCAUAGGUCAUGAAAAUUUGUAAGAUAUAAUAUUGUUAAUUCAGUUACUGUGGUUAUCACAUAAUGGCAGUAGACAAGGACGUAGAAUUAUGGUCCUGGGCUUAUGGAAUGUAUGGAGAAACUUGCUAAGGAGAUUUCUAAGAUAAUUUAGUACAAAAGAAAGACAAAUUCAAUUUUAGAAUAAAUAAGGUAUUGUUCAUUCAAUCUUAAAUCUAUAAUAAAUAAUCAAGGAAAUCAGCCUUGGAAGACAUCAUAGUUUGUUUUAAUCCAAUAAAAAAAUUGUCUAUGCAUGCAGGUAUGCAAAACAUGGACAAUUAAGUAUUAAAGUCAUAAAAAAUAAAAAAAAAAUCUAAUUAGUUAUUGGAAUAUCUCGAAAAACUAUUUUCUAAAUUGCUGCUGGAUUUUCAUCCUCAAUUUCUUGACAAUCAUUCUAAUGUACAUAAUUUUUGA